AUGGAGUCUACAACUAGUUCUGGAAAGAUCUGGACCUCCUUUCCCGCCUCACAGGCGGAGGGGAACAACUGCAGCGUUGGUUUCGCACCACAUCCUCAAACCAACCCUCCUUUCACCUAUGCGUUCCACGCCACCGAGGACCUCGCUUGCCGGCAUGCCAAUCCUGCCGAACGCCAUAUCGGGACCGCACUGCAACAACAGUCACUUUACAGUGGAAAUGGAGGCAGUGCUAUCGACAACUUUCUGCUAUUCAAUGAGAUCUCCAUGGGAUACUCUAAACUCGAUGAAUUUUCCAAUUUUCAUCAAAGCCCGAAUGUUCCUGUAUCAACCGGAUGGCUGAACCUGACCAAACGCCGCACCAAUCCUGGCGAUGUCGGAAGCUUCGCCAACUUUCACAAUGGCGAACAAACUACUGACCUUUAUUUCGCCAACCACGCAUCCAGCAGCACGUCUACGUCCCAUUUUGACCCUCCAUUCGGGUACGACAACCACUUUGCUGGAAACCUAGGCGGUGUGAGAUGGCAAAUGGAUGCUUACCCCACCGCUCUUUCGACUUCGACCACAAUUGACGAAGGGCAACCAAUGAGCGAUACACCGAUUCUGCAGCCCGAUACCACAGCUUCGCUUAGCCAAAUAGCUCGCACGCCCCUUCGUCCAAUUCCUGCCGGAAUAUCGAAAAGGCGCCAAAAAGGCGGUGUUCCUUGCCCAAAAGGCUGUGGCACGACUUUAAGUCGCCGUCAUGACAUCGGUCGUCAUUUAGCCCAAAAACAUACGGAGGCUACGCUGCGUUGCCCAGUCGAUGGAUGCAUCAAACUCUUUUCUCGUCCUGACAAGCGAUCUGACCAUCUAAAGAAAGGCCAUAAACUCGGCGCUAAAGAUAUUGCCAUGCUCUCCGCGGCGAAUCUUGGGGGAGAGAAGAUGUGAGCGUGUCAACAUGCGAAUUGGAUGUAACCUGGGCAGCCUACUUUGUGCAAGUGGUGGCUUUGUAAUGCGGUAGUGACGUUUUAAUUGUUCAUUCUUUUUCGUGUUCUUGCGUCCUUGCUAUACUGGUUUUGCUAUUUAUCCCCUCCUAAAACAAUUAAUAAACCAAAAAAAAAGUUAGUGAAG